CGCCCGGAAGUAAUCGGUAACCCCCUUGUCCUUCUGACGAUCUCGUAUUUUCCAUGAGCUUGUCAGUGUGUUUUGGUUUGGCUCAGUAAACAAAACAGUCUCAGCCUCAAGUCGAUUGCUUUCUUUCUUUACUUUUUAUUUAAAUAUUUUGUCUGUUAGUGAACGUCCUUGUAACGAUGUCGUCGCCGUUGGAGAUGACCGAGUUGUACGACAACGCGUUGCUAGGAAUCUUGCAGCAUGUUGGAAACAUACAGAAUUUUCUACAGAUCUAUUUCGGCUUUUUGUACAGAAAGACAGACUUUUAUCGGCUCCUGGUCAACCCAAAUGAUAAAAUGGGAUUCCCACCUGGAGUAGCAGAAAAAAUGGUCCUUAAGACAUUUAAGUUGUUCGAGAAGCUGGCAGUGCAGGACAGAGAGAGAGUGAUGAAGCUGGCUGAAGAAGCUCGAGCUGUUCCUACUGUAGUGGAGGAAAUCGAAGUUCGAUCACAGCCAGAAGAACCUGCAGAAACCGCACAAGAAUCCAGGUCUGUUGCAUCGUCCUCAGAGCCGGUGCCUGCAGGUGCAGGGUCUGCGAACAGCAAUGAGGUGGAGUCUGCAGAGAGCGAACAGCCAACAGUGGCACCUGCGUCUGCACCGUCUGCACCAUCUGCACCAUCUGCGUCUGCACAGGGGGCUGCUUCAGAUUCUUCUGCAGCUGAGCCUGGCCAGGCCAGUUUCCAGGCAAGCCCAGAUAGCUACAACGGUGCUGUCAGAGAAAACUACAGCUGGUCACAGGACUACUCUGAUGUGGAAGUUCGUGUUUUUGUCCCACCGAGCAUCGUCAAGGGCAGACAGGUGUCCGUCAGUCUCCAGUCUGGUGGCGUGCGUGUGGCGGUGAAGGAGGGGGCUUCAGAAAACGUUCUGAUGGAAGGCGAGUUCACGCACAAAAUCAACACAGAGAAUUCUCUGUGGAGUCUGGAACCAGGCCACUGUGUACUGCUAUCUCUGAGUAAAUUAGGGGAAGUGUGGUGGACUGCCGUGCUUAAAGGUGAGCAAGAAAUUGACGUAAACCAGAUCAAUCGCGAGCGCUCCAUGGCCACUGUGGGCGAGGAUGAGCAUGCAGUGUUAGACCGGCUCACCUUUGACUACCAACAGAAACUACAAGGAAGGCCUCAGAGCCAUGAGCUGAAAGUUCACGAGAUGUUAAAGAAGGGCUGGGACGCCGAGGGAUCGCCAUUCAAAGGCCAGCAGUUUGAUCCGUCCAUGUUUGACAUAACACCAAACGCCGUACAGUUUUAAACUGAAGAGACUCUGGAAGAUACUGGAAGAGAGAAGCCAAAAAACAAUCAUCCCACUUUCAUAUCACCAUAUAUAUAUACUGAAGUGUCAAGCACUGACAACUCUGGUGUUUACAGUAUGAUGGACGACAUGACAGCACUGCAGAAUUUGAAUUGCUAAAGCUGUACAAGAUCAGUUUCCCAAAUGGCAUGAGGAUUCAUUCAGAUCUUGAGAUGUUACUUUAUUUUUUAUUUCAGUGCUGUUGCAGUAAAUACAUCAUCUACUCACAUGGCGUAUGGAUUAUAAGUUUCUGUAGGUUCUUGCUAAAAUAACUGAAGUAAAUCUAUUAAACCACUUCAGAAGGUUCUAGAAUAAAUGAACAACGUUCUACUGAAAGAUACUACAGGUGGUGGGGUAUGUGUCAUCCAUCAGUUCUGAACAUUACCAAAGGUUCUUCAGCCUUGUCGAGUAUUUGUCAGGUUUAGGAGUUCUGAUUUUUUUCCAGUUUUGUUUUCCAUUCAGUGUUUUGAUUUUAUGUGCCUGAAUUUAAUAAAAUACAUUACAAAA